UUUUCUAUGAUUUACGGUAAAAACGCGCGUGCGCAUACCCUCACGUCCGGAAACAAUAUUGUAGGCGAGAAUGAAAAGCACUUGAGUUGAGAAGGUGAACGGAUAUACGGUGCUGACGAAUUUUCCCUCUCCGUGCCUAUGUAUAUGGAUCCAGAAGUUCAGAUCGAUCACUGUAGACCAGGACGUAGGUUAAGAGCUGUCGGGUGUUAUUUAGGUGAAAUGUGUUUACUGCGCAAGCUGUGAAAGCUCAGGAGAUUUAGUGUGGGGUAGUAUCAUCCUCAGGCGUUGUGUACGAAGUUACUUUACUUGCUAAAUUCUAGAAACGACGUUGAUUGCUACAUGUUCAGUAAUUAACGUUGUGUAAUUAAACAGUAGCCGGAUUUUGAGUUUUUUAACACGAGUUCGGAGCCGACAUCAACUACAUUAAUGGUACAUUUGUAUUUAUAGCGCAAACUAAUUGAUUGAGAGAUGUCACUUUUUGCAAGAUUGGACGACGGGCGCUCGGCAGUGUAAGAAAGCUGGAACUUUUAGCUACAUGUACUGGCUCACCGUUUAGUUGCCUUGUGAUAGAAAAUUAGAGAGUAACCUUUUUCCAACAGAUCGCUAAUGUAGUCGCGGAAUCUGUAUAUGGACUGAUAUAGUGUCUGAUCGCAAACACUGGAAAACCAUGGAGGAUUCAGUGAAAACCUUUCAAGCACACCUGACUGCUGUCAUGGAUAGUUUAGUUCGUGCGUCGGUGUGCGAGAUCACUAAACUCUUUCAGGACACCGUGAACGACUACUUGGUGGAAAUUUCACUAAACAGGAAAGAAAACGAAGCCCUCAAAUUGCGUCUACGGUUAACGGAAAACAAGCUAAGAAAUGAGCGAAAAUACGGUAUUGCCUGGGCGACAAGUCGCCGUGCCGCAGGUCUGCUCUCUUCGGACGACGCCGUGGCUAAAAAGCACAAAUUGGAAGCAAGAGGCAAGCAGGGAAAGGAGUGGAGUGGUUCUGCGUGGGAGGACGGGGCUGGAGGAGAGAGAGAAGAGAGGAGGGACAUGUACCGCGUCCAUCUGCCAACUGCAGGAGAGGGAGAGGAGCAGGAGGAGGAGAGGAUACGUGUCUCCGGGGAGAGGAAGGAGGCGGCUAACAUUAAAGAGGAGGAGGAGGUCUGCAGGUCAGAGUCUCUGAGGCUGCUACAGGAGGCCCUUCAGAUGAGCCAGAGCGAGACCAGCUCUGCCCACGGAGAGCUGGAUCCUGCUUCUGUUGGGUCUGCUUCUGUUGGGGGAGAGGUAUGGGAGGAGCAGCCUGUCCUGUCAGCAGAACCUAUUAAUAGUGGUGAUGAACUCAGUGGGCUUGAGACCGCCCUAAAAGCGGAACGUGAGAGGGAGGAGGCGGAGUCUGCACUGGACAGCCCCUCCCAUACUGGAGAUGGCGCUGAAGGUGUGGAAUUCAUAGGCCUGGAUGGUUUAUGCAGUUCCCAACAGGAACUUUCCCACUCAACACUCAAAGCUGACUCGUCUGAACUACAAGUCCCAUCAGCCACUGGGAGUCAUGAGGAUGAUGAUGGGGAGGAGUCGGGCCAAGAAAGUGGUGACCUCCUCCAUUUCUGCCCGCAGUGUGGUGGCGGCUUCAACUUGGCCUCUGACCUGGCAGAGCACACGUGCCCUUUGGCCGAGGAGCGGCCCUUCCAGUGCUCGGCGUGUAGCCGAGCCUUUAGCCACACCUGGAGCCUGAAGAAUCAUGAGUGCGUACAGGCAGGGGAGCAGCCGCACCGCUGCGAGCUCUGCGGCAAGCGCUUCACACACUCGCGCUCACUUGAGCGCCACCAGCUGGUGCACACGGGGGAGCGCCCGCACCGGUGCCCGCAGUGUGGCCGCAGCUUUAGCCGACUGGGCAACCUGGAGCGGCACCAGCGCAUUCACACGGGUGAGAGGCCGUACGAGUGCGGCGCCUGCGGCAAGCGCUUCAGCCGCGUGGAGUACCUGAAGCGGCACCAGCAGAUCCACAGUGGCGAGCGCACCGAGAGGAACCCACUGCACUGUGGCCACUGUAGCCAGACGUUCAGCGACACAGAGCACCUCAAACGGCACCAGUGCUUCCCCAGCGCCUGACGGCGGCAAACCGCCGCAGCACAGAGGCUCCGUCCACUUGUUAAACACUCCCUUACUUCUGAAUGGAACGUAUAGGAAAGGCAUCAGCUGACAGUAUCUGUCAUGGAAAAUGCACCAUUCAGUACCAUGUGCCAUUCAGUGAAUAAGCCAUGCUUAACACAGCCUAUUCUGUUAAGCGGUCUUAAGCAGACCUGUUUCACCCAUCACACAGUAGAUUUGAUAUACUCUUCCCUCAGUUAUUUUGAUUUUUUUUUUUUUUUUGGUACACCUCCCACUGUACCCAUCUGGACAGAAAGAAACACCAAAAAAUUACAGCCUGAUCAGUGAUCUUUGACCACGAAUGGUCUGAAACUAGUAGAAAUCUUUCCUAACAUACAGAUGCCAGUGACUGUAAUGUCCUUUGAAAAGAACUAGUGCCUCAUUAGUGCUUCCUUCAUCAUAUCAAUGUAGAAUUACACAAAUGCAUCUGACUUGAAUAUUAUUACAUGUGCAGAAUUUCAUUGGCUGUUUCAAGCAAGUUCCUGCCAGUCUUCAAGCAUGUAAAUGAAAACAGAUGUGAGGUUUUUUGGGGGAUUUAUUUUGUUUUAUGCCUUUUUUCCCCCAGCUAAACUAACACAGGCAUUUCCCAUGCAGAACCUAAGUGUGUUUGGUUGUGUUGUCUUUGUCACAUUUUAAAUAGUGGCAAAAUGUUUUGUUUUAGCAUUUUUACAUAAAUCUCAAUGGUCUGUCAUGACUUUUGCCAUCAUUUUAUGCCUGCAUUCUUUAUAUUUUCUGAAAAAACGAUGUGGUUCUGUAGAUCAGGUUUGUGGAGAAAAAAAAAGUUUUUUAAAUUUUAUUUACCACUUAUUUUCAUUGUGAAUCUAAAAUAAA